AUGGAACCAAUCGAUGCCGUUUCUUCUCUACUGGAGAUUAAACAACACAAUUGGCUUGAUAAAAAGACACGGGCUAUGUUUGUGGAGGUGCUUCUUAUGAAUACGAAUACAAUGCUAUUUACUCAGCUCCUGGUGGUUUUCGAACUCCCAGCUAUCGGUGGUAUAUUCACAAAAAUUGAAGUAGAGACGUCUAAUCUGUACCCUUACAGAAAUACACUUGGCAUUUCCAUCCUAGUAUUACAAGCACUUUUCAUCUUGAUUACCGUCGUCAGGUUUAUUUCGUUGAUCAUCACAGGAAUACGAAGCAAAUGCCGAUGUUUUCUUGACAGAAAGCAUGUGGUCCAACUCAUCACAGUUGCCGUGUCUGUUACAGCUGUAGUGUGUCAUAUAAUGCGGUCUAUCAGAAUGAUAAAUGCUCUCAACACACUCCACGUCGAGGACGGUUUUCUAACGUCGUUCGGAGAGGUAUUCCUGUGGGACCAGUAUUACUCCAUGUGUGUUGGAGUGAUUACGUUCUUCGCCAUAUUGGACCUCCUUAAAGCCCUGACCUUCAAUUAUCACAUAUACCUGAUGUAUCGCACAAUGGUUGUGUUUCUGUUUGAGAUCUGUCAGUUUACGGCCACUCUAGUCGUACUUAUAUUUGGAUUUUCUUCCUUCAUCCACCUUUUAUAUGGUACUCUAGAUUCGGACUACAAAAGCGUGUCUGAUGGUGUUCUGUCUUUGUUUCGAAUGACAAUAGGAAUGUUCAAAAUGCGUCAUUUAGAUGAGCAGAUGGAAGAGGAGGGUGCACUGAUUAUAUUUGGAAUCUUCAGCGGUAUUGUAACAAUUCUGUUUAUAAAUUUAUUCAUCAGUGCAUUAAAUUACGCAUGGAAGGAUUCGAAGUCUCAGAUCGAUGCAGGUCUAGCAGACUUUGAUGCAGAACUAAACGGAUACAUUUGGAAACGUAUCACCAAUUUGUCCAUGUAUCCAGCACGGAAGAGGCCACAGAUCACCGACGAAACCGACGGUGCUUGCAAGAUCAAUAGCAGUGAAGGCAUAGCAGUGGAUUUCAGAAAGGGAGAGGGCAAAUUCGCAUUAUUCUGUUCUACAUUGACCAAGUAUUAUGUGGAGGACUCGACUCUGGAGAAAGACAUGUUCAGCAAACUUUUGGCUAGCAUAUUAAGAAAAGGUCCCAAUUUCCUUUGGAAGAAAACCAUUAUUCUUAAUGAUAGUAUAUUCUACACGUAUAGCAAAGAUGAACUGGCAAAGGACACAAUUCUGACCAUGAAAGUUACAUCAGGACAGACUACUACACCUGUUGACGUUAAAUGCAUAUCAAUUCAAGAGGCAGCACGUAUGGGCCUUAUACCCUAUGGUUCCAACACUAAACCAUUAUCUCAGUUCUGCAUUGUCCAUAGGGAAGACGAUGCCGCGUCGGAGGUAUCGGUAUCUGAGGUACAGUAA